AUGAAGUCGAUCACAUUUGCUCUUUUCAUAUUUUACCUCUUUGACCUACUGUUGUAUGUUCAAGCAUCUUCUGAAUACAGUUUAGUAAAGAGAGGUGGAGGUCAAAGCUCUCGACGCUCUCGACGUAAGUCGGAAGAGAGCUCUGUUCGAGACCAAACUGCCGCACUUCCUGGUUCUUCUAGUCUAGAAUGGGGUGAUCCGGAUGCAAUGGCUAGAAUGCCAUCUGACCCUAGUGAAUCAUUAAGCCCAAGUUCAAAAAGACGAGUAAAUAGAAGAAAGGCUUGGAGUGGUUCAAGUUACGAAACAAGUUCAGGUUCAACCGAUCAAAUGUCAAUUGCACGCGGAGAAUUGUCGAAAAAAGGGGACACGGCAAUGUCUAGAUAUCGUGCUAAGAAUGAAGUUGGAACGAGUGGAAAUCCUCCUGGAAUGCCAAACGAUUGGUCGAAAGGUGGAAUUGUAACUGCUCAGGAUGGAACUCAGCAAAGAUAUAUUCAUAUCCAAAAACCAAUUAAGCAUAAGAGUAAUUCGGUUUCAGAACAAUUAUAUUCUGGAAAGUAUCCACGUAAAGCAACUUAUCCUAAUCGAAACACAAAAGUGUGGCGAUUAAAAAAAAGUAACGAUGAUGCAGCUCAAUUGUUCACUGGUCGUAGCAAUCGAAAUCGCUUGAAAGAUAUUUAUGGUCCAGAAACAACCUAUGAAGAUCCUAAUCGACUACACUUUGGUAGACAAAGCAUGGAUUCCGCUAGAGCUACAAACCAAUUAAAGACUGCUAUGGACCUUCAUACACGUCAAGAUCAUGUCUUUAAGAAAAAAAGAAGAGCUUCAGAAACGCCGGAAGAACGUAAAGCUCGGAAAUGCAAGAAAAAACCGUCCGGUCAAAUUGUUUGUGAGCGUUGAAGAGAUAAUCCUGGAGUACGUUUUUGCUGGUCAAAAUUGUUGCUCAAGAGAUUCGUUGUGGUGGUACGUGUUUCGAUUGACUGCUGUCCCAAAUCCAGUAAAUUAAAUCUAGUGACCGCUAUUUCCCAUUACCAACCUAUUUCUUUUCUCAAUACAUGUCGAUUUAUUUUUCCCUGUGAAGAACGAUGCUGUGAUUGCAAUGUUGCAUAUAAUUGUGUGAGAAAACGAUCAGAGCUAUUCAUAAGAUCAUUC